UUCUAGGGAUAAUAAAAGCAGGAGACCCAUCCAGUCUCCAUCUCUCAAGGCGUGCAAAGACAAGCAGAGCUGCUUAUAAAAUGGCUUUAGACGUGCUCGCCGUGGCCCCUCUCUACCAAGGCCCCGACAUCAACAGAAUAAGGCUGAUGACAGAGCCAUCCAAAAAGCCAGCCUCCUCACCAAACCCCUUGGUCCCCUCUAAGACCAAACUCACCACCAUUGAGACCCAGCGGAUCAUGUCCGUACUGGACGAGACCAUCCACAAGGUGCAGUUGGUGACGCUGCUGUCACACGUGGCCUCCAAUGACAGGGAUCUGGAGGGGAUGCUGGGAGAGAACAUCACGCAGGUGGUGAGAGAGCAUGAGGACCUCUGCCGGGUCCUCCUGGACAACAUGAGUGACCUGCGGGACAAAGAAAGGCAGUUGCAGGAGGAGAAGGAGUUUAAGGAAGAAAGUUGGGACCGAGAGCGCCUCCUCUCCAUAGAGCUGCAGAAAUCCACCCUCCCGCCGCUGAUGCACCAGAUCAAAGAAUCCACCAAGAACAUCCUGAGGCUCUUGCUCAGUAACCCCCAGGCUGCCAAGCUCUUGCAGACGCAGACGCCGGGCAGAAGUGCAGAAGCCCAGAAUUUCAUCGAUAGCCUGCUAGAACUCCGGGGCUUCCUGUUCGAGAAGCUUCUCACCAGUCCCAUGGAAGCUAGAGAUAAGGCCCAGUUCAUACAGGACAUCAGCAGGCACAACAGAAGGAACCAAGAAUUCAUCGACGCCCUUGAAAGUGAAUUGGCGGCGAGCAUGAGGAGCAGGGAUGCAGAGGUGGAGAAGGAGAACUUCGUGAUCCAAGAACUGAAGAACCACCUGCACCAGGUGCUCAAGUUCUCGGAGAGCAGCCUGCUCCGCACCAAGCAGGAGGCCGAGAAGCAGCAGAAGGCGGCCUUCCGGGCCUCGCAGGCCAGGGUGGCGAAGAUCCAGCAGGAGAUCCUGCAGCUGCGCUCGCAGUUGCACAGCCUCGUUGCGGAGAACCGGGCGGCGGAGCAGGCGCUGAGGAAGAAGAAAUAUAAAGUGGAGACGGAAAUCGAGAACUGGAUCCAGAAGUAUGACAUGGAGAUGAGUGAAAAGCAGGAUGAGUACGAGGAGCUGGACGCCAUCCACAAGGAGGAGAAGGCCCAGCUGGAGGAGCUGAAGAAGAGGCACGAGGUGCUGGUGGCAGAGUUCGCCCAGAUCCGGGAGGAGCAGGAGUUUAACACCAGGAAGAGGGUGGAGGCCCAGCAGGAGCUGGUGCGCAUGGUGCGGGCCGCCACCAUAAUCCAGGCCGUGUGGAAGGGCUACCUGGUGCGCUCCGUGCUCAGGUCCAGGAGGAGGAAGUGGAGCAGGGGCAAAGCGAAGGGCGAGGAGAAGAAGGGCAAGGAGAAGAAGGGCGAGGAGAAGAAGGGCAAGGAGAAGAAGGGCGAGGAGAAGAAGGGCAAGGAGAAGAAGGGCAAGGAGAAGAAGGGCAAGGAGAAGGGCAAGAGCAAGAAAUGAGCCUCCCAGCCCCACCCCGCCCCCGCGCACUCACCACGCCCCUCACCUCCCAGAGAGCCG